UUUUUACACGCGCUUGAGGGUACAAAUACGUCAACAGACUGGACAAAAUGCUGCGAGUUUCCACGCUUUUGAAGCAGUGUAUUGCUGCCCCAGGCUCAGUGAGUGCUCUGAGAUUCUAUGCAAGUGGGUCUGUGCCCACUACAAAACUGUUUAUAAAUGGACAGUUUGUAGAAUCCAAGACCAGUGACUGGAUUGACCUUCAUAACCCUGCGACCAAUGAGGUCAUCACCAGGGUUCCCAAGGCAACUCAUGAUGAGAUGGAGGCAGCGGUGGCUGGGUGCAAGGAAGCCUUCAAGACCUGGUCAGAAACUACCAUCCUCACCAGGCAGCAGCUCAUGUUUAAGUUCCAGCAGUUGAUCAAGGACAAUCUGAAACAAAUAGCUGCCCUCAUCACCAAAGAACAAGGAAAAACUCUGGCAGAUGCUGAGGGAGAUGUCAUGAGAGGAUUGCAGGUGAUAGAGCAUUGUUGUAGUAUAACCAGUCUUCAGUUGGGAGAGACCCUGUCUGGAGUAGCCAAGGACAUGGAUAUCUUCACCUAUAGAGUUCCCCUGGGGGUCUGUGCUGGAAUCACACCUUUCAACUUUCCUGCUAUGAUUCCAUUGUGGAUGUUUCCCGUGGCCCUGGUGUGUGGUAACACGUCCCUGAUCAAACCCUCCGAGCGUGAUCCUGGGGCCACCAUGAUGAUGAUGGAGCUGGUGAAAGAGGCGGGAUUCCCUGAUGGAACUGUUAAUGUGAUCCAUGGAGCACAUGAAGCCGUCAACUUCAUUUGUGAUCAUCCAGACAUCAAAGCAAUCUCAUUUGUUGGGUCUGACCAAGCUGGUCAAUACAUCUAUGAGAGAGGUUCAAAGAAUGGCAAAAGAGUGCAGAGCAAUAUGGGAGCCAAAAACCAUGGAGUGAUAAUGCCAGAUGCCAACAAGGAAAUGGCUCUAAAUCAGCUGUGUGGAGCUGGGUUUGGUGCAGCAGGACAGAGGUGUAUGGCAUUAUCUACAGCUGUGUUUGUAGGGGAGGCAAAGACAUGGCUACCUGAACUUGUGGAGAGAGCACAGAAACUGAAAGUUCAUGCAGGAAGUGAGCCUGGUGCAGACCUGGGGCCACUGAUCAGUCCUGAGGCCAAGAAACGUGUGUGUGAUCUCAUUCAGAGCGGCGUGGACGAGGGAGCCGAAAUGCUCCUGGAUGGCAGAAAUGUUGUGGUGCCCGGAUAUGAGAAGGGAAAUUUUGUUGGACCAACCAUUCUGAACCAUGUCCAGCCAAAGAUGAAGUGUUACAAAGAGGAAAUCUUUGGACCAGUUCUUCUGUGUAUGGAAGCAGAUACCCUUGAUGAAGCUAUUCAAGUUAUUAAUGAUAAUGCAUAUGGAAAUGGAACUGCCAUCUUUACAAACAAUGGCGCCACUGCGCGCAAAUUUAUUUCAAAGAUUGAUGUUGGACAGGUUGGUGUAAAUGUCCCCAUCCCUGUGCCUCUGCCCAUGUUCUCUUUCACUGGUUCCAGAGGAUCGUUCAGAGGGGACAGCCAUUUCUAUGGGAAACAGGGAAUCCAUUUCUACACCCAAACCAAGACAAUUACACAGAUGUGGCGCGAGGACGAUGCUACGGACACACAAGCAGCCACUGCCAUGCCUGUAAUGCGCUAAAACCUCGCGGAAAAAAAU